UCUUUUCUCUAUGGCUCCACUAAUGAAGCUAAGUUGAGUUACUGUUCUGUUUCUAAUCCUUGUCAGCUUAGCUAAUACAGAAAACCCUCAGAUGACUAUUCAUGGCAUCGCACAUUCUCACAAUGAUGCUGGAUGGCUCAUGCCUUUUGAUAAGUAUUAUGAAAACUAUACUAAGCUGAUAUAAUUGAUGGCGUCAUUGCUUAUCUCUCAGAGAACGAAGAAAAGGUGUUCAACUGGUCUGAUAUAGCUUUCUUUGAAUACUGGUGGCAGAGACAAGACCAGGAUACUCAGGAACAAGUCAAGAAGUUAGUUAAACAAUCCAGAUUUGUGUUUGUAGGAGGUGGAUGGGUCAUGAAUGACGAAGCACUUCCCGCCUACAAAGAAUCUUUAUUGCAGAUGAGAACUGGCCUCACGUUUUUGAGAGAGACUUUUGAUGUUAGACCUACAAUAGGAUGGCAGAUAGACCCAUUUGGAAGUUCAGCAUUAACUGUUGCUGUUCUAAGCAAGCUUGGAUAUGACUCACUUGUAGAAAACAGGAUGUCUAAGAACUAUAAGGAUAAACUUGCGAAGGAAGAUGGAUUCAAUUUUUAUUGGCAAGGACACCAAGUCUCUGAAGAUCCUGAUGAUAAUUUGAUCUUUACACAUGUUCUGACAGAUCACUACAAUAUAAUCAAGGUUUGGAAUGAAAAUAUGGUGAUAGGUUCAAAUAUUCCUCAGAUAGAGAAGAAAAUUUAUGAAACAGAAGUUUCACCUCCACUAACUGCUGUUCAGGUUUUGAACAAUAAUCAUGCUAAAAUAAACUCAAUGGUUUGUUUGGGUGAUGAUUUCUUUUAUGUCAAUGCUCCUCAGCUCUUCAAAAAGUUUGAUGAGCUUCUUGGAGGACUUGAGAAAGAAGGUAAAAAUAAUGGAAUGGAGGUUAAAGCAAAAUAUAGUUCUUUAUAUAAAUAUUUUGAAGGGCUCCAUGAUUCAAAUACUACUUAUGGAUUAUUCAAAGGUGACUUCUUGCCAUAUAAUGAGCCUAAAAAAGAUUAUGAAGACUUUUGGACAGGCUAUUACUCCACCAGGCUUCAUCUAAAGAGAUUUAUUAGAUUCGCUUUCAAUCAAAUUCAAAGUUUCAAGACUUUGUUUGCUAUCGAUGCCUCGAUUAAUGAUUUAAAAGCUAGAACUUCUACUGAUGAUAAUAGCUUUGAUAAAAUAUCUGAACUCAUAGAAGGAGCAGAGAGGGACUGGUCAAUAUUAAUGCAUCACGAUGCUAUCACAGGAACACAUGAAUUAAUUACAGAACCAAGCUAUUAUGCUACACUUGAUAAAGCACUCAGUCAACUCGACAAAGCUCUUGAAAUAUUUAAAAAUAUUGAAAGAGCUCAGAAUGAAAAUCAGAUAUUUUUAGAUAAAUUAGAGCAAAUCAGCAAUAACAAAACUUAUUCUUACAUUCUAGUGAAUCCUUCAGCAACAGGAAGAAAUGAAAUUAUGAAUAUGACCCUUCCAGCAAGUGAUGAAGGGCUAGAGUAUAUAUUGAUCCUUGAGACUACUGAAAAGACAGAACAAAUCGAUUCAUAUAUCACUGAAACACAAGAAAUCGAUGAAGGGACUUUUGAACUUAAGCCUAUCAAGAAAAUAUUCUUCGAUCUUCACAUGGAGAAGCUAACAACUGCCAGGCUGUACAUUUUGACCACUGAUAAAAAGGCUGAUUGUGAUGCUGCUUCUACAAAAUGUGCCACAAGAGUAACACCUAAAACCAUUGAUUCUACGCAUAAGAUAGAAAACGAUAUGAUCUCACUAGAUUUUAAUGAAAAUGGAAGCUUGGCAGCAAUUACAAAGAAGCUCAAAGAGGGUGCCCAGCAAUCGAUUCCUAUUGAAGAGACUAUUACUUAUUACAGAACUGAUCAUGGAAGUAGAUCUGGUCAUUAUAUCUUCAACCCAAUGACUGAGAAGGUCACUAUGAAUUUCAGCAGUACUGAGCUAUACGAAUAUCAGAUUGGGGAUCUAACCACCCUCUAUCAAGUUGUGAUGAAGAAUAAUGUGACUAUGGUUGUGAAAAGUUACUCAGUGAAUCAAAAAGGAUGUCCAAGGCUUAAAGAUCAAUAUUCAUUCCAGUUAGAGUUCUUUAGCAAGCUUAUUAUUGAAGCUAGUCUGUCUUUAAAAUUAUCUAGCAGUGGGAAAGAUGCUAAAUUUACCGCAUAUGUUGAUGACUCCAUGAAGCUUAUUGAAAGACCUAUUUAUGAUAAGAAGGUAGAUAUUAAAAGACAUAAUGAUAUUGAGCUUAAUGGAUUCUUUACUUAUGCAUGCGUGCACGGAGGAGCCCUGAAAAAGUCAAUGAAUUCAAAAGAUCUCUACUUUGGGUGGCAAAAUUCAAAUCCAAUUGGAUGCACAUUUUCUGAGAAAAACAGGGUGGAGAUUAUGAUUCACAGAAAAUUUGGCAAUAAUGAUUAUAAGGGAAUGGUGUCAACACAGGUACAAGAUCAUGUUACUUCAAUUAGUUUCCAAUUCUACAUUCAUUCCUCUCAAGAUAUGAAUGAUUUCUGGGAACAGAAAAUCAUGGGAAAUGUAAGGGUAAAUGAACCAAUUGGAAUCUUUGAAGUUGAUAUGUCCAAGGCUGAUCAAUCUCAUAAGUGGCCAAGAGCUAUGCAGCUCUUUAGUAAUAAGAUUGAUAUCGAAAAACUCCAUAAGCACAUAGAAGUAGCCGAUUUAAAAUUUAUGAGGCAUAAUUUGCUUAAAGAUGUCAAGAGAUUUGAACUGGUCAUGAUUUUAAGAAACAGGCUUGGAGAAAACAUCCCAUUUAAAGCGGAUUUGAGUGGUUCUCUGACUGUAUUUAAGAACACAUAUAUUGAUACUCUUAAAAGAGGAAGAAGCUCGAGAUUCAUCAACGGAUGCAAUAGUAAUUGGGAUGUUUUACCCAACGAUAAAUAUCAUUUGAAAACACUAGAAUCAGAAUAUCAACCUUCUGGAAAAGAAAAUAUUGAUGAAUUUACUCUUAAGCCAUAUGAAAUGUCUGAAUAUAGAAUACUUAAUACAAGAACUUAUGAUAGAUUAAAAGCAGAAGUGAAUAGACUUGAGGAAAGUGGAAUCAACAAGAUCAGUUGUAAACCUCUGAAUCUACUGAAAAAUCCUUAUAAAGAGCCAACAUCAAUGUCAGCAGUGAAGAAACUUAUCCUUGUUCUUAUCAUGACAACCACUAUAAUUGUUCUUUUUGUCUCCUGUAGGUUAUACAUGAAAUCAAACAGAAAAGAGAUUCCUUACGAGAUUGAGAUGGAUGUCAACCCAGCAGCGAGCCAAGAAAGUUCAGAAAUUAGUGACAGAUCAAUUUAG